CUCUCUUCAGGCUCAUGGAGUCAACACCCAAAACUCUCAAUUGGUUACCGUUGGUUACAGCAUGGAGCGCUCUGAUUGGAUGGAUAACUCACUGACUGCAGCGGCUCCAGAUCUCCAGUCAGCAGCAGGAUGUCACACUCCUCCAAUAAAGGUGACCGGAGGAAGGCGCAGUCUACCAGCAGGAUGUGGGAGGAGUCUCAGCCAGGCCCAUCCAGGUGUCAGUCCAGCAGACAGGGUUACUGUGGAUACUGCAGAGUACUCUACAGCAACCUGGAACAGCACCUGUCCAGUCUCAGACACCUGGAUUCUGUCCGGGCGUCCUCCCGAGGCUCCAGCACCGUCUCCUCUGCCAGCAGCAGCAGAACCAAACUGACCCUGCUGGAACGCUUUCUGCAGGACGUCCUGCAACACCACCCGCACCGGUACAAUGACCCCAGGCCAUCUCAUGCUGACCUCCCAUCAGUCUCUGCCCCUCCUUUGCCGAGGGAGGAGCUUGACGAACUUUGUUUCUCUGAUGACGAAAGCCGGUCGCAGGGCACCCGAGAGCACCUGCCCAGUUCUGAUGACACCUCCUGCAAGCUGACCAGUCAGAAAGAAGACAGGCUGUUUGCAUCGAUCAGAGAGCAGGAUGAAGAAGGAACAGCCCCUCAUACACAGACCCCACCCCCACAUACACAGACUCCACCCCCACAGUCUCAGGCCCUGCCCUCUGUUCACAGGAAGGCCCACAGGAAGACUAACAGGAGGAAAACCAGCAACUCCUCCACCUCCUCACACACCCAGAGAGGACCAGGUCCUGGUCCCGGCGCCAAGCCUGGCCCAGACCCUGGUCCCAGCCCCCACACCCAGCUGAGUCCCUGCCUAGACCCCAGCCUUUGUCCAGUCCCUCUUCCCUUUCGAGGCCCUGGUCCCAGUCCAGGCCCCAGUCUCUAUCCAGGCCCCAGUCCAGGCCUCGGCCCUCGUCCCCCCACACAGCUUAGGCCCUACGCAGGACCUCGCCCUGGUCCCAGUCUAGGCGUAGGUCCCAAACCCCACACCCAGCUGAGGCCCUGCCCAGACCCCAGCCUUAAUCCAGUUCCUGUUCCCUUUCGAGGUCCACGUCCAGGCCCUGGCCCUGGUCUCCACCCCCGCACACAGCUGAAGCCAUGUUUAGACCCUCGCCCCAGCUUCUGCCCAGACCUUCGCUCUGGCCCUGAUCCAGGCCCCAGUCGAGGCCCUGGUCCUCACACCCCCCCACACCUGAGGCCCUGGCUGAGCUGGCAGAAACAGAGGAGGGAGGCUCAUAAAGAGGAGGCGUUCUCCUCAGACCACAGCGACUCUGUGGAUCAGACCAUCGAGGAGGUGAUCCAGAGAUGUUGCCAUGGCGUCACUUCCACUUCCCAGCAGCAGGAGGAGACAGAGAGCUUCCAUUUCAGCCUCCCCAGCUCCACAGGAACCCACAGUGACGACUGGGACUCACCUGUACAGCAAGGACAAACACCUGGUGACACAGCUGUCCAGGUGAGUCAGGGGGAGGGGCAGGACCUGAGCUGUCUGAUGGAUGUUCAGGUGGACCUGGAGGACCAGGUGUACUCGUGCCAGCUGGACUCGGCCCUCCACAGUGAGCGGAGGGCAGGGGGCGGGGCCAAACAGGAGCAGGGCUUCUGGAGUCUGCCAAUAGACGAAGUCCUGCCGGCGCCGGAGCACAUCCCAGAAUCCUUCAGGGGGAAGACCUGGACCCAGAUUGAGCAGGAGGACGAGGAGCGAGUGGAGAAACUGGUGCGCCAGUUCAGACGGGGGAGGUUCAUCUGCUACUUCGACACUGAGUCUCUGGCCAGGUAUGGGAGGAGGAGCCAAAACAAGAACAGGUGUGCUGAGAGCAAGGAGGUGGAGCCAGACACCAGUGUCCUGCCUUUAUUGGACUGUGAUGACGAUAACUCGUCAUACGUCAGGAGGAGGAGGAGGAAGAAGAGGCGAGCCUUCAGGGUGGCGUCCAGGUGUCAGGUGGUCAAAGUCAGCCACAGCACUCAGACUGUCCGACUGGUUGUCCCAGCUGUCCGUCAACAAGCCACAGAGCCCCCACCCACCAGCAUCUCAGCAGCCAAUCAGGACGCAGCAGAGAGAACUCCUGCAGCGUGGCGCUCCCUUCCGCCAUCGUACUCCAACAUUGUCACACCGCUGCAGCCUCGCACCUCUCUGAUCUAUCUGCUCUGCUCGCCCUCAGGCCCCGCCCCCUCAAGCACACCAUCACCUGGCUCUAAACGCUGCAGGAAGAAGAGGCGUCCGCUUGACCCGGAGGGGUCGAAGGUCAAGUACAAACAACUUCCUGUCAUGUUCUACGACCCCAGCAGCAACCGCAUCCUCAAAAACCCACCUAAAGGCUUCCUGUGGCGGCGUGGCUCCACCCACUCCAGCCCGCCGCCGUCAUGCGUCCGGCAGCUGUUCAGGAGUCUGAGUCCGGACCUGAAUGCCGACAGGCCCCUGGGGGAGGGGGCCGCUGGGUCCUCCAAGGUCAAAGGUCAUGCCAGUUUCCUCCUCAGUCGGGACGUGGCGCAGACCAGCAAACAGGACCCGGUCAGGAGGCGAGGCAGGACACCUCAAGGCCCGCCCCCUCUGCCUCAUGGCAGGUCAGAGCGUGGGAGGAGGGGGAGGACACGCCCCCCGCCUGCAACUAGAAGAACCAGGGCUCAGGCCACGCCCACGCAGCCCAGGAGAGAAGGCCUACGUCGGGCAGGAACCGGCAGGGCUGUCCCCGGCUCCAAAGACCCAUCCUCACCCCGCCGCGGAAGGGGCCGGAGGAGGCGGGGCUGCGAGCGGGGGCGAAGGUAGCAGGACGAGGCUGCUGGACUUCAAGUGGAAGCUCGAUGUCGAUAUUAGAAUAAAUCGAUACAGAGGUCUCAUUUUAUGUUUGUGUGCAGAAAAAAAACCUUUUCUCUAAAUCUUUUUGUUAUUUUAAUGACUUUUUCUUGAAUUCACCUAAAAGUCAAAUUCAGGGU